UAUUCUUUACUGUCGGAGAAGACGGACCAAAAAAGCUGUCGCACGGCAUGAUGGCGCUGCUCUUUGAUUCCAGACUACUACUAAGAAAAGUUAAAGAUUUAAGGUGUUUAACGCCUAGAAGAAACCGGGUGAAGGAAAAAUGGGCUGUCACACGUACCAAGCACCCUCCCACCAGUCUGGCCCUGCAGCACUUUGAUGCCACCUACAGCGUCCAGCUGGGGAAGCUGUGGCCAUCAGUCCGGGCUGCUUUGCUGUCCGAGAGGAAAUAUGGAGCCCUGCUCAAUCAUUUCUCCCAUGAUGCUGUUCUGGCAGACCUCGAAGCCCAGGGAUGCAGGGACUUUGUCAGUGACACAGCUACAGAAACUCAGCCAUGCUUGGAGCAGGAAUCUGAGGUUGCCACUGAUGAGGAAUCUGUUUCUAUGAAGAAAUGUGACAGCGAUGGUCAACAGCGACCUCCUCUACAGCUCAGUCGUAACAUCAAGUGUCUGGUGUUUCCAAGAGGGGAUAUCACAAGAUUCAAGCCUGCUAGACCAGACAUGUGUGGCUUAUUGGGGUACUAUCUGAUGGACGCAGCGUCUGUGUUGCCGUGUCUCGCGCUUGAUGUCCAAGAAGGACACAAUGUGCUCGACCUGUGUGCUGCUCCUGGAGGCAAGACGCUGGCUUUACUUCAGAGCCAGGCUAUAGGUUUUUUGUGUUUAAAUGACGCCUCGGUGUCCCGGACGUUGCGACUGAGAAAAGUCCUCCACAGCUACAUUCCUAAGCCGCUUUUGACGGACGAGAAGCUACGCGUCACCUCUUUUGAUGGCACCAAAUGGGGGGAAAUUGAAAAGGACACCUUCGACAGAGUCCUUGUUGACGUCCCCUGCAGCACAGACAGACAUUCACUAAUGGAGGAAGACAACAAUAUCUUCAGUAAGAGCAGGACCGGUGAGAGGCGGAAGCUGCCAGAGCUGCAGCUGGAGCUGCUGCUGGCGGGAAUCGAAGCAGCUUGUCCAGGUGGGGAGAUCCUUUACUCCACCUGCACACUCUCUCAAAUCCAGAACCUGGGUGUGGUGGAACAGGCCGUCUACUUGGCUCGAGAGAACCACGGCAUCCAGCUUCAGGUUGUUGAUCUGCGACCCCUCACACACAUGUUUAGGAACACCUUUCACUUUGCGCUCGACCUCCCCCUGGGUGAGAUGGUCAUCCCACACUUAGCCGCCAACUUUGGCCCCAUCUACAUGUGCAAGCUAAGGCGGCUGACAUAGGCAGCGGACUGAUGCUGAAGCUCGGGAAAAUUUGAAUGACUGUGUUGCAGCUUUUAUGGACUUAUGAGACGAUCCUCCCGACUCAUGUUAUGUAGAAAGCGUAGCUGUUGGACCACAGCUGAAGGAGAACUUUUAAUCGUGGUGGUGGAGUGGAGUGCUGAAUCACUGGACUACCGUUGGUGAAACGUAACAGAGAAAACAAAGAAUCCAGUUAAAGGACCUGGACCGUGACGUUAUUGGGGACAUAUCAUCACGGUAUGCCGGUUAACCGCAAGUCCCA